GACACACAACGGGUACUGUUUAUACUGUAGUGUAAUCAAACAAUGACCAUUUCCUACAGACGCCUUCCUGAAGCUGGAUGGGGUUGCAUGCCUGGUUGCAUCAGAGGAUAGUCUAUUUUUUUCUGCUCUCAUCGCAGCUAACAGCGUGGUGAGCGAGUCGGAACAUCAGAAACCAGCACUGGAACCGGGGCCACCAUCAUUUACUUUGGACUGAAAGGUCAGUGGGUCAGUGUUGCCUGAUUGAGACUCAACAUGCCUGUGAUAUUGGGGGAGGCCAGCGUCCUCACCACCCCUCUCUCGUUGGUCCGCAUCUGGGCGCUGGUCUCUGGCUGCCUCACCUUCAGCCUGGUGGCCUCCCUGGGUCACCCGCAGCUUGCUGGCUCCGAGGAGUCCCUGCGCCAGACUUUACGGGCCUUCUGCAUGUUCACCUGGUGCUUCUUCUUCAUCCUCACCCUCAUCAUCAUCCUGGUGGAGUUCAUCCAGUUUCAGAGCCUGCUCCCCAUUUCCUGGAAGAACCUGCCCAUCACAGUGGCGGCCCUGGGGGCGCUCAUGUACCUCAGCACCUCCGUGAGCUUCCCGUGGACGGUCAUGACAACAAACGUCGAGCCAAAGGCCAUCGCGGCCACCGUCUCCUCCUGCCUGACCUUCCUGGCUUACGCCUCAGAGACCUACCUGAUACGGCUGCAGGGCAGAGAACAGAGAGGAUACAUGGCCAGCGCCCCAGGGCUGCUCAAGAUCUUCCAGGUGUUUGGGGGUUGUUUGAUGCUGGUCUUGGUCAGCAAGAACUAUCGCUCUGACGACCCGCAGGCCUGGCUGUUCUGGCUCAAGUUGUCCAUAUACGUCCUCUGCUUCCUCAUGUCCUUGGGCACCGUGGUGGUCAUGCUGGGUGACUGCGCCAGCCGCUGCCCCCUUCCCUUCGACCGCCUGCUGGCAGGUUUCAGCCAUUUGGGUGUGCUGCUCUAUAUGGUGGUCACAGUGAUCUGCUUCACCAAUAUCCUGACUAUCCAGGCCAAAAACGACAGCUCAAAACUUGUGAUUGAGAGCGUGAUUACCUGCCUCACCCUGCUGGCCUAUACAGUGGAUUUGGCCUUCUCCAUUAAACUCUUGUGUGACAGAGGUUAA